CAAACCAUGCACUGUCCCGCAUUCAUAGUUUAGGAAUCGGAUGUUGCCAUGGCGACGAGACAAAAGCAGGGGCUCUUUAAGCUGCACUGGAGCAGGCAGGAAGACGGAGCAGGACACAGGAAACAAGCCUCCUCACUCAGAAACACAGCAUGUACAUCAAAUUCUGUCGCUGGGAUGUUGAGGAUAAAAAAGAUGAGAACUUAUCCGCCAAGUUAUCUGUGGAGCUGGAGGGGGAGAAUGGGAAAUGGACUGAAGGAAAGGAACGUCUGUACCGUUUCGGCUGUUUGCUUCUGACUGUGCUUUGCUUUCUGCUCCUGCUGGUCGUCGUCUUCCUCAGCAUGAAACUCCAAUCAGGAUCUCCUUCCUGCCCCACCCAGAUGUGCCAGAAGAUGCAAAACAAUUAUCUCAACAGCCAGCAGUGCUCCAAAGGCUGGAUCCCCUUCGGCAAAUCGUGUUUCUUCCUGUCCACCACCAGGCUGACGUGGGAUGAAAGUCAGAAGAACUGCAGCUCCAGUGGUGGAUCUCUGGCUGUCGUCACCACUCGUAGCGUCCAGAAUUUUCUAACUGACUAUGGGAAUGUGAAAUACUGGAUCGGACUGAGACACGACAACAAUGCCUGGAACUGGGUCGACAACAAACAGCUAGAGCAGAGUUUCUGGGCAAAAUCUACCCAAAAUGGAGACUGCGCCCUUCUGAGCAGUGAGGAUCCAGUGGAGACGAACUGGGACAGAGCUUCCUGUUGGGCCGCCACAUAUUUCAUCUGCCAGCAGCAUCUCUGAUCACAUCCCUGUUUCCUGAUCAAAAAUUUCAACUUCAACUUUUCAAUAAUGCAGCAAAUGAUUUGUUUUCCCAUAUUGUGCUCCUGUCAGUAUCCAGAAAGAAAACUGUCUAUCAGAUAAAAUGAGCCUAACAGAA